AUGAAGGUCACAGCUGCCAUCGGCCUUCUUGGCCUGGCUGCCGCUGCGGCCGGCGCAAAGCAUACGCCUCGAAACUACGAAACCAACGACUACUAUGUCCUCGAACUCGACUCUUCCACGGCCCCGGAUCUCGUCGCAGAGCGCCUAGGCCUGAGGCACGAGGGAGAGCUGAGCGGCCUUGACGGCCACCACGUCUUCGCUGGGAAAAGGGUAGAACAUGAUGUUGUCAAGCCCGAGCUCCUGGCGAGUCGAAGAAGGAAGCGCGACCUCGACGGAUUCGAUAUACUCGAUGGUGUUCGCUUUGCGCAGAGACAAGUCCCACGUGCACCGUGGGAGAAGAGGGCGCCGCCGCCCGUUAUGAAGCCGGAGCCACAACCGGCUGUUGUGCGGCAGGAGGUGGACGCUGCUCUCGCGCAGCAGCAGCAGCAGCUCAUGAAGACGUUGGGCAUCAACGACCCCAUCUUCGAUGUGCAGUGGCACCUUUUCAACCCGGUUCAGAAGGGCCACGACAUCAAUGUGACAGGUGUCUGGAUGGGGGGCAUCACCGGCCAGAACGCGACCGUGGCCAUCGUCGACGACGGCCUUGACAUGUAUAGCGGCGACUUGAAACCCAACUACUAUGCUGCCGGUUCCUACGACUUCAACGAUCACAGGGAUGAGCCGAAGCCUACCCUGGCCGAUGACAGGCAUGGCACAAGGUGCGCCGGCGAGGUUUCUGCCGCAAAAAAUGACGUCUGCGGUGUCGGUGUCGCCUACGAUUCUAAGAUCGCUGGGCUGCGUAUUCUGAGCAAGCUCAUUUCCGACGCUGACGAGGCCGUGGCUAUGACCUAUGACUACCAGCACAACGAUAUUUACUCUUGCUCAUGGGGCCCGCCUGACGACGGCCGCUCCAUGGACGCGCCCGGAAUCUUGAUCAAGCGCGCCAUGCUCAAGGGCAUCCAGGAUGGACGCAACGGCCUCGGCUCCAUCUACGUCUUCGCAAGCGGCAACGGCGCAGCCAAGGAGGACAACUGUAACUUUGACGGCUACACAAACUCGAUCUACAGCAUUACAGUUGGUGCCGUUGACCGAACCGGUCAGCACCCAUACUACUCCGAGAAGUGCUCCGCGCAAAUGGUUGUGACAUACAGCAGCGGUGCCGGCGAUUCUAUCCACACCACCGACGUCGGCCCAGAUGCGUGCACCGACGCACAUGGAGGUACAUCGGCGGCUGCUCCCAUUGGUGCUGGAGUCUAUGCUCUGGUUCUUUCUGCGAGGCCUGAUCUGUCGUGGAGAGACAUGCAAUGGCUUGCCAUGGAUACUGCCGUGCCUAUCAACUUGGACACUGGGGAAUGGCAGGAUACGAUAAUCGGCAAGAAGUUCAGCCAUACUUUUGGUUACGGCAAGAUUGAUGCUUACGCCAUGGUCGAGGCCGCCAAGACCUGGAAGAAGGUCAAGGCCCAGGCCUGGUACUAUUCGCCCUGGGUUCACGUCAACACUGCCAUCCCUCAAGGCAAGGAUGGCCUGGCUGUUUCCCACGAGGUCACUUCCGAUGCCCUCAAGCAGGCCAAUCUGGCUCGCGUGGAGCACGUUACCGUCACCAUGAAUGUCAACCACACCCAGCGGGGUGACUUGAGCGUGGACCUGAUCAGCCCGGAUGGCAUCGUCAGCCACAUUGCGACAACCCGCAAAAAUGACAAGGAUGCGAAUGGCUACGUCGACUGGACCUUCAUGAGCGUGGCUCACUGGGGUGAAAAGGGGAUCGGCAAAUGGACUGUUAUCGUCAAAGACUCUGUGAGCAACCAGCACCAGGGCACCUUCACCGACUUCCACAUCAAACUUUGGGGCGAGUCGAUCGACGAGAAGAAGGCUACCAAGCUCCCCAAUGCCCGAGGAGACCACCCACCUCAGGAUACAGGCUCUCUGGAGGCGCACCCGACUGACCACCCUGACCGACCGGCCAAGGUCAAGACGACCACGACGGCCGGGGCUGAGGUUACCCUGGAAACCAGUGCCGCGACACCUGCGCAGACGAGCGCAUCUGUCCCCUCCGGCAUCCAAGGGGCUCAAGGGGCGCCGACGAACAGCAACUGGAUAUCUUGGCUCCCGUCUUUCGGUGCCUCCGCCAAGGCUCAAGUUUGGAUCUAUGGCGCCCUGGCGCUUUAUCGUAGCUUUCUGCUCGGCCCCCGCGAUGACUAUGAAUUCGAACUCCUGAAUGAGGACGAGUCUGAAGGCCUCAACCGCGGCGAGAAGGGCGCCGCCGCUAGUGGCAAGGGUCGUCGCACCAGGGGUGGUGAGCUGUACGACGGCUUUGCAGGCGGCAGCGAUGAUGAGGAGGAGUUUGUGGGUGAGGGGUACCAUGACCAGGAGCGGUCAAGAUCCCGCGAGGGUCGGAGGCGGGUGAGCGGUGACGAUGAAGAACAACAUGUCAUUGGCGAUGACAGUGACGAUGAAGUUGUAGACGAGAAGCAAAGACUGGGAGGUGGCCGUCAGAUUUGA